CUGUCAAAAAUUCCUUAGCUACCAUAACCCCACAUGGGGAAAAUAGUUUUCGCGAUUUUAAUAAAGUAUACGGUUGCUAUUGCUUUUCAUUUUCUAUUCUAAAAUAAGUUCAACUUCUUAAUUUGCACUUCGUUUCCUUUUAAAUAAUAUUACCGCUUAAAGUGGUUGCUGCCACAAAUAUAAAACACAACAAAUUUUCAACCCCUCAAAUUUCUAUCAAAAGAACAUACAAAAACACCACCAUCCCAGCCAUGGAUGUCUACGAAGUAAGCGACGAUUUGGUUAGGAAGCUUGCCGAUUGGAAGCUAAUCGGCAUUGCCUCUGGAAAAUUUAAUUCCCUCCCCGACAAUAAUGCUAAAGUCAAAUUCGUCGAAAAUACCUUACAUGAUUUUAAAUAUUUUGAUAAAAUUAAAAUUAAUUGCACACUUCGCGCUCCUAAAUGCAACAAGCGUUCCGAAGAAUUUCGCAUGCUUGGCAACAAACAAUUCUCCCUCAAACAACGCAACUACUUUCAUGCACUAGAGCUCUACAACAAGAGUAUUUGUUUCUCCGAAUUAAACUCUGAGAAUAUAUCAAUCGGUUAUGCUAAUCGCUCGGCGGUCCUCUUUGAAUGGAAAAAGUAUCGCGAAUGCUUGGAAAACAUUGAAAUGGCAAGAAAAGCCAACUAUCCCAAGCGUCUACAGCAUAAGCUGGACAAAAGGGAAAAGGAUUGCUUUCAACUGCAGGACACACAAGAACCUGAGAUUGUACCGUAUACGUUCGGAAUGACCUAUGAUCGCCAUCCGGUCAUUCCAUCCAUUGCUGAGUGCCUUGAGUUGCGCUGUAGCAAGGAAAUGGGUCGCUACAUUUGCACUAAUCGCGAUCUUGCUGUUGGCGAUGUGGUAGCAUUCGAGGAACCAUUUGCAUCGUCCUUACUCGCCCCAAUGCGAUACAUUCGAUGUGCAAAUUGCAAGCGAGAGAACUAUCUGACUCUUAUUCCCUGUGAGAAUUGCACCAGUGCGAUGUUUUGCAGUGAGACGUGCCGUCAAGAGGCACACGAUACCUUCCACAAAUACGAAUGCCCCAUUAUAGACUUCAUCUUCACUAUGUUCAAUAAGAUCCAUCAAAUCGCUCUGCGAACUUGUUUGACUGCCCUAAGUAUCUUUCCAAAUAUCGAGGAAUGCAUGACAUUCUGCGCAGACCCUAUUAACCAGAACCAAUCAGCAUUUACUAUUGACCAAUCGAAUUUGACGCCUCGCGAACACUAUCGAGCGAUACAUGGUUUAGUAACGAAUCAAGAGCAUCGAAGUACAAGUGAUCUCUUCCAGCGGGCUGUUGUGUGUGCCGUAUUGAAGAGGUUCGUUAUUGAGCAUACAUCGUUAAAAGAAUUUCUAGGCGGUCUGCAAGGAGAGAAUUUCUUCACAGAGUUGCUUUUUAGACAUUUGCAAACAUCACCUUCGAAUAUGCAUGGGAUAGACUUGGUUGAGCAGGUGAACGAGACUAAGGACGAUCAGACAUUCGCGGGUGGGGCUUAUGCGUUUUUCAGUUUGCUUAAUCAUUCGUGUGCCCCCAAUACAAUACGGAUCUAUAAAGGAACUCAAGCCAUUUUGUUUGUUUUGCGACCGAUUGCAUCUAAUGGGAUUCUCUAUGAUAAUUACGGAAAUCAUUUUGCUCUUCAACGAAAAAAGGAUCGAAUUGAAAAUCUACAAAUGCAAUACCGCUUCUCUUGUAAUUGUGAAGCUUGUGAAGGCGAAUACCCUAUGUUUAGUCAAAUGCAACCUAAACCAGGAGUGCCAUAUGUGAAUAAUGAAGCAGAUAUGGAACGUCUAAUGAAUUACGACUGGGAGUUUGCGUUGAGCAAAUAUCGAGAUUAUUGUGAGAUUCUGAAUCAAUAUGCCUACUCUUAUCCUUGUACCCAGAUUGGCCAUGCAGAGGAAAGUCUUAAAAUGGCAUUGCACAUUUUAGUAGAUGCGGUACCACUUAAGGCAAAGAAACAAGCUAAAGAUUUUUCACAAGAACAGUUAAAGUAAACAAAAUUUAAACUACGCGCAAUAUAUUUUUUUAUGUUUUAUUUCAAUUUGUCUUUUUAAUUGAUAACAAUUUGUACAUGCCCAAAAAUCCUGAUUAUUAAAAGUUUUAAUAUUUGAUUGUUUUUUUUUUAAUUUCAUGUGUCAUUUCUUUUUAAUAAAACGAACAAUUCAUCUCAAAAGUUUAUAUUUAUUAACAGAAACACUAUUCAUACCUUGCAUGCCUUAAUGUGACUUGGUCCAAUGAAAAAAAAACUCAUUAAUUUUAAAUGAUAAUAGCUCAAAAUUCACGCCCAAUGUGGUUAAGUUAAUACUUUAAAUUAAAAAAAAAAAUUAUUAGUGAGAAAUGUAUUAACGAAUUUUAUAAUUUUCUAUUUAUUUGCUUACAUUUUUUUAUAUAAAAAAAAAAACUUAAUUACAUACAAGAAAAGUAUAUGUAAAGGAUACAUAUUUUCUAAAUUGAACAAGCGAUUUAAUAAAUUUUGUUAUAAUAUUA